CAGCUCAGAUACUGCGUUCUUCCUUAGCAACAUCACUUACUGCGUUCUUGCUUAGUAUAUUAGAGGCGACCAUAUGCUAUUUGCAGUAAUUGACAGUGUUUAAGACAGCUGCUUAACCUAUGAAGAAAAGAUUCAUCAGUGAUUUAAAGUUUGCCUUUCUCUGUCUGUUAGUAGUAGAAGCUGAGUGUUGAGAGUUUUGAGUGAAGUGAAUUUUGUUCAAUAAGUUUGUAAUGUGCAGGCCGAAAAACUGAAAAUGAAUGUGAAUAACUACAGUUGUAUAAGUAGUCGUGUCAAAUUGAUGAUGGAUCUCGUGAAAGAAGACAACAGCGAAAAUGAAGUUGAACUUCAACCCACACUAGAAGCUGAUGCUAACAAUAGUUCAGAUUCAAACUUUAUUGAACAAUUUGGUAUUGCAUCUGGAUCUGGUAAUGAUAUGGUUGAAGUAGAAGUCAUCAGCAUUGAUGAUUGUAGUGGCCUUCGUGAGAUGGUAAAUACAGAGGAACUGUGCAAUGGGACUGAAAUUAGUGUAGAUGUACCUAUAUUGAAUACAACCAACGUUACUGAUGAUCUUUCUUCUGAAGGGGUAUUAAUAUCUGAAUUAGAUGCAUCUCAGGAGGCUACUUCCUCAAGUACUUCCGCAAGUAACUUUACAAAACAGGGCAUUCCUCGAAAACGAAGAAAAUUUGAGAAAAGUGUUUUACAGAGAAAAGUGGAAAAGAACAAUGAAUUGAAAAAUAAACAUAAAGUUCGUGAAGGGUGUCUUGAAUCAUGUCGAUUGCAAUGUAGAAAAAAUAUUUCAGAAGAAGAUAGAGUAAACAUUAAUUCUCAAUUCUGGGACCUAGCCUAUGCUGAACGGAAAUCAUUUGUGCUGAAUAUGUGUGAAAGACUAUCUGUUAAAAGAAGAACCAGUGGGUGUGAUAUUGAAGAAAGAGAAUCAAGGAAAAACACAUAUAAAUACUUUUUAAAGAACAGUGAAGGACAGACCAAACAGGUUUGCAAAUCAUUCUUCCUAACUACAUUAGGUUAUGAAAAGAAAAAUGACAGAUUUGUUUUUGAUGUUUUAAAUAUGACACCUGCUUCCUCUUUGCAACCCAAACCUGAUAUGCGAGGUAGAGCUACACCAGCCAAUAAUUGUAUUUCAAAACAAGAGGUUUGUGAACACAUCGAAUCAUUCAACCCAGUGAUCUCACAUUACCGUCGAGAACAUGCACCACUGAGACGUUAUCUUCCCAGCGAUGUCAAUAUAAAAUUGAUGCACAAAGACUUUCUCAUGAAAUUCCCAAAUAUUCAAGUUUCAUACGAUUUUUAUAGGAAGGAAGUUGGAAAAAAUAAUAUUUCAUUUGCUGUUUUGGGCAAUGAAGAGUGUGAAACGUGUGAAAGUUUUGAAAUUGAACAUCUUCAUAAGAAAUAUAAUUUACAAAGUGAAUGUACAAAGUGCUCUGAAUGGAAGAUUCAUCUAGAUUUAGCUAAAACAGCAAGGGAGUUGUAUAAAGAACAUCUUAGGUUGUACAAAAACCACGACAAUACUGUGUGUUACACUGCAGAUCUACAAAAAGUGAUAAUGCUACCGAGGAUGGAGUCUUUCAAAGCAGUAUUAUUUGCAAAACGUCUUGUUGCCUACAAUGAGAGCUUUGUACCUGUUGGUGAAAAGUCCAAGCAUAAAACAUUUGCAACCGUAUGGCAUGAGGGAAUAAGUGGGCGUAAAAAAGAAGACAUUGUGAGCACAUUUUAUGCAUUUUUUCUAUGGCUCGAUAUUUGUGCGGGACAAAAUAAAAGUUGGUGCUUCCUUUCGUUCUUAGUUUUCUUGGUGAAUAGUGACCGAAUAAAUGCAAAAGAGAUAACACUUUGUUAUUUUAUUCCCGGGCAUACUUUCAUGGCAGCAGAUAGUUUCCAUCAUUGCGUUGAAUCUGCAUUGAAGAAGCAAAUCAGAACCUACGAUUUUGACGACUUCAAAGAAGCAGUUGCAACAUGUAAAGCACAUGUAGAAGUGAAGAACAUGCAGGCAGCCGACUUCUUCUCUUGGCAAGACCACUCUUCGCAAUUGAAGUUAAAACAAGAAACAAGACAUUAUCUAAGGGACAUGGCAUGCAUCAAGGUAGUCCGCGAUUCCUAUACAUUAAAAUACAAAACUUCGCAUGACCAGGAGGAUUUCCAUGAAUUAGAUUUUUUGAAGAAAUCUGCAUGUAAACCAGGAGGUAUGAAAAUGCCAAACCACUUGGAGAGACCAUGCGGUUUUCCAAAAGAAAAAAGAGAUGAUAUAUAAUCAAAAAACUUGGUGACUUAAUGCCUGCAAACAGAAGACAAUUCUGGCUACAAAUGGAUGUUUGCUGAAAUAACAAUAUAAUUAAAAUACUCAAUGGGGCUACUUGUCAAAAUAGAUAAAAAUGAAAAAUCAUAGCAUCCUUUUUUAAAACUUUAAAAUAAUAUAUUUUAAAAUCACAAACAUGUUUCAAUGACAUUGAUGAUGGCCUAAAUGCUCGAAACAUGUUUGUGAUUUUAAAAUAUAUUAUUUUGAAGUUUUAAAAAAGGGUGGUAACAAUUUAAUAUUUUUCAUCCAUGUUCAAAAGUAUAAUAUCAUCAUUUUAUUAGUUUUUUCUUUAUUCCACUCAACAUAAUGUGUAAUGGAACAAAGUUAUAACAAAUACAAUUUAAUUUGUUUGAAAGAUGAUCAGCUAAUAUUUCUUAGUUCUGGAACACAUUUUGUCAGACUAAUUUAUCAUUAAACUACAAGUUGUCAUAUCUGCUAAAUUAAUAGGGAAUCACACUGAACUUUUAUAGAAGAUAGAAUGAAUGACAUUGAUUUUUUUUUAGUGUAUUUUUAUAAUUUUUGACAAGUCACUGUUUAGUUUUUAUUGAAUAAAAUAAUAAUACUGUACUAUAUUACUUUUUCACAUUAAAAUAUUGAAAAAUAGUUUUUGUCACUAUCAAAUCUCUGUGUGUCAUUUAUUUCAAACAACAAUGAUUAGUAAAAUACAUAGAACUUAUGUAGAUUUUGUAAAAUCUAUUCAUCAUAAUUAAAAACAGAAUGGAUAUUUUCAAAUUUCAAUAUGUUAAAAAUUUUCAGUCAUAGAUUGCUACUCUAGUUUAGCCAAAGAUGUGUUAAACAUAGAAACUGAAAAUUGUUAAUAUUAUUUUGAAAUUAUGAUAUAAAUAUAACUAUUAAUUCUGUUUCAACAAAAAUUAGUUGACUGUACUGCAUUUUUUCCAAGAAGUUGGUAUAAUGUUGGUGGU